UCUCCUCAGCGACGCCUGCCUCGCGGGGGCCUGAGGGAGCUUUAGGCCCCGCCACAGCUGCGAGCGCGGUAGUCCGCAGGGCACCGGCGUGGGCGACGUGGAGCCCCCCGCCCGGGUAGGGGGCUCUGCCCAGCGGGACCCGUGACCCCGGACGGUCGAGAGCGCACGUGCGCCGCGCACCUGAGCUCGCCCCGCUCGCCGCUCCGUCUCGUGCUUCCGACGGCGCGUCCAGAUUAAUACUACGAUUGGAAGUUCGUAUCUUUUGCUGGAUAUUGGAAAUUGAAUGUAAUGGCAACAGAAUUUAUAAAGAGUUGCUGUAGAGGAUGUUUCUAUGGUGAAACAGAAAAACACAACUUUUCUGUGGAAAGAGAUUAUAAAGCGACACUCCCAAAUAGUCAGAAUGCUGCUAUCUCUGUGCCUCCAUUGACUUCUGUUUCUGUAAAGCCUCAGUUUGGCUGUACUGAGGAUUAUUUGCUUUCCAAAUUACCAUCUGAUGGCAAAGAAGUACCAUUUGUGGUGCCCAAGUUUAAGUUAUCUUAUAUUCAACCCAGGACACAAGGAACUGCCUCACAUCUGGAAGAACUUGAAGGAUCUGCCAGAGCAUCUUUUGGAGAUCGAAAGGUAGAACUUUCUGGUUCAUCCCAGCAUGGACCUAGCUAUGAUGUGUAUAACCCAUUCUAUAUGUAUCAGCACAUUUCACCUGAUUUGAGUCGACGCUUUCCUCCCCGUUCAGAAGUGACAAGACUAUAUGGAUCAGUUUGUGAUUUAAGGACCAACAAACUUCCCGGUUCCCCUGGGCUAAGCAAAUCUAUGUUUGAUCUUACAAGUACAUCUCAGCGAUUCAUCCAGAGACAUGAUUCAUUGUCCAGUGUACCCAGUAGUUCUUCUUCAAGGAAAAAUUCUCAGGGGAGUAACAGAAGCCUGGAUACAAUUACUCUAUCAGGAGAUGAAAGAGACUUUGGGAGACUGAAUGUGAAAUUAUUUUAUAAUUCUUCAGUAGAACAGAUCUGGAUCACAGUUUUACAGUGCAGAGAUUUAAGUUGGCCCUCUAGUUAUGGAGACACUCCUACUGUUUCUAUAAAAGGAAUACUUACAUUGCCCAAACCAGUGCAUUUCAAAUCUUCAGCCAAGGAGGGUUCCAACGCUAUUGAAUUUAUGGAAACGUUUGUAUUUGCUAUUAAACUUCAAAGUCUACAAACUGCAGGGCUUGUAUUUAAGAUUCAAACCCAGACUCCCAGGAAGAAAACCAUUGGAGAAUGCUCAUUAUCACUCAGAACCCUUAGCACACAGGAAAUGGAUUACUCUUUGGAUAUAAUACCACCUUCAAAAAUUUCGGUUUGCCAUGCAGAACUUGAAUUGGGGACUUGUUUUCAAGCAGUAAAUAGCAGAAUUCAGUUACAAAUUCUUGAGGCACAUUACCUUCCAAGCUCAUCAACACCUCUGACUUUGAGUUUUUUUGUGAAGGUGGGAAUGUUUAGCUCAGGAGAGUUAAUUUAUAAGAAAAAGACACGCUUACUGAAGGCCUCCAAUGGAAGAGUCAAGUGGGGAGAGACUAUGAUUUUUCCACUUAUACAGGGUGAAAAAGAAAUUGUUUUUCUCAUUAAGCUUUACAGUCGAAGCUCUGUAAGAAGAAAACACUUUGUGGGCCAGGUUUGGAUAAGUGAAGACAGUAAUAACAUUGAAGCAGUGAACCAGUGGAAAGAGACAGUAAUAAAUCCAGAAAAGGUUGUUGUCAAGUGGCACAGAUUAAAUCCAUCUUGAAGACUUCACAUAUUAAUUUGGUGAAGAACUUGACAUUCUUUUAGAAGACUUAUGAUUUCAAUUUGCUACCAAUCAGAAGAGACAAAUCAAUACAUUUGUCAAUUUAUGGGGGCUAUAAUUAUAGUAUAUAAUGUAUCUGAUAGAAAAUUUGAUAGGAAAAUGUAAUGAAUUUUUAAAUCAGAUAUCCGAAGUAGGGAAAUGUUUUAAAACUGCAACAAGAGACACAGACAGUAAAAUCAAAGGACAGUAUUAUUAGGACGACUAAAUAAAUUAUAAGGUCUGAGAAUAUCAACCACAGUUCUUUCUAUAUUAUGUUUUUGCUUUUGUAUUUUAAGCUUUACUUAGAUAUUGAAAACCUGGUCUAUCAAGUCUCCGUUAUUACUAUUGACAUUUAGAAGACUUUACCAUCAUUUCAGUGCUAGGCAUUAUUAAUUAGGCCUUGGCUCCACUGUUUACCUCUUGCUAUAUAUUUUUGCUUGGUAAAAGUGAAUUGAACCAUUUCAACUAUUUCCUGUAUUUGGGGAAAGUUUGUACCCUGUGUUUUAUAAUUUUUUACCCAUAUAAUAUCACAUUAUCACUUUGUAAGCUACUUAUCUCCAAGAAACUUCAGAAAUAGAAAACUACAUUUUGGCAGAAAUAAAUGAAAACACCAGAAGGUUGAAGUUUAAUUGGAAACCCAGAAUAUGCAUACUUUGCUGUUUUCUUCCCUCAAAUAUUUUACUAUUUGUUCCAUUUAGAGUUAAAAUAAUAGUAUCAUCCACGUGGUCCAUCCUAAUUCGCAGAAUUAAAUGAGCUUAAAUAGCAAAUUCAGUCUUUUAUGAUAAUCACAUCUUUGUUUUUAGUUUCCCAUGUUUUUUCAUAACUGUACCUGAUUAUACUGUGUAACAAAUAUUUUCUAUUACAGUUUUCUUUCUAGUACUUAUUAGAACUCAAUAUUUGGAAAUAAUUUCACCUUUAUUGAUCAUAGAGCUGUGGCCAAAAAGAACAGCUUUUUGGAGCGACUAAUGACAUUACAAUUGAUUUUAGAAAAUCUCACUUUAUUUAUUAUGCUUUCAAUUUGCUACCAAUGAGAAGAGACAAAUCAAUACAUUUGUCAAUUUAUGGGGGCUGUAAUUACAGUAUAUAAUGUAUCUGAUAGAAAAUUUGAUAAGAAAAUGUAAUAGAUUUUACUAAUUUUGCUACAAGUAGAGUAAGUGCUUUGUGUUCUCAGUCUUCCUUUUUCCCCCCAUUCUUUCUGUUUUUUGUUUUUUGUUUUUUCCCCCCAUUCUUUCUUUAUCCCACACAUGCAGAGAUAGAUGGUGAUAUUUUAGGCCAGGAGUAUACCUUGCUAUAACCUAAGCAUGUCUUCUUUAUUCCAGCCCCUAUAGUCCAUGUAUAUCAUUAACAUUUUCCCUAAUAAACACCUAAUUCUCUUUUCCCUAGGUGGUGUCUCCUCAAGCUACAAAAUGUCCAUAUUUUAUAUCCCCUUUGCUUCUACUGCCUUGGCUUUAUGGUACCACUACUCUCUGCCACUGAACAUUUUGAAAUGUUUUUGUUUUAGAUUUGUAGAAAAUGGCAUAUAGGUCAAUGCUCACAUGGACUUUUAAGAUUAAUCACCUUGUGUGAUAAUAUUUUGAAUCUGAGACAAAUAACUUUUAAAAUUUGUUUUUAAAAAUAGACUUUUUUAAAAGAGCAGUUUUAGGUUAACAGAAAAAUUGAGAGGAAGAUAGAAAUUUCCUUUCUUCCCCCACAAAGCCCUCAACAGCCUCCCACACUAUCAGUAUCCUGCACCACAAUGGUACAUUGGUGAAUCGAUGAACCAAAGUUCAUGGUUUACAUUAGGGUUCCCUCUUGGUGUUAUACAUUCUAUAGGUUUUGACAAGUGUAUGAUGAUAUGUGUCCAUCAUUAUAAUAUAGUUUCACUGCCCCAAAUAUCCUCUGCAAAUACAACUAUUUUAAUGGGUACCAAAGAAGUAAAUCUGUUUACUGGCUUUUAGAUAAUAAAUAACAGGCUUUAUUGUUUGUUUUUAAAGC